CAGCUGGAAAACGCAUAAUGCAUGAAACAUUGCGGGGUGCUGGCCUGACAGUUGCGUGCCCUCCCUCUUCAUGAAGAGGUGAAUUCAUGAAUGUUGACGAGGGCUUAAAACCCAUGGAAGGUUUGUGUGCCCCUGCAAGAGACACCGAUCCAAGCCUCGCCAAGAUCCCUCACAUGCAUCACGAGGAUUGUUCGUCAGCGAGGCACCAGCCAGAGACAACAUUCUUCCCCCUUGUCCAUUCAAAAGAAUGCAUGUUGUCAGCUGGGCCUGGAGCUGCCCGAAUCGAGCCCUUCAUCCGACCCCAGUUCCAGCACGGGACCCACCGCACACCCGCAGAAAACCAGUUCUCCCUCCACAGAUUCAUCAGAACCGCUCCAUGCCUCAUUCCGCCAAGCGGCAUGUGGAGAAGCCAAUCAGCGCGAUUCACAUUCAUCGCCGAGCCCGCGACCACACGUGCGAAUUCCCGCCGUCGCAACCCGGACCCAGUUUGCCAGGCGAGCCAGGCCAGUUGAGAGUCAGGGGUGGUUGGCGACGGAGGCGAUGAUCGGUCAAGGACCUGACGCUGGAGCGCUGCUCGCCUUCUCACCUUGAAAACCCCGGUCAA